AUGCCGAGCCCCCGGAGGAACGCAGAGGGACGCCCGCUGGGCGCCCCUGCCUCGAGCACCAGCAGCAGCAGCAGCCCCAGCAGCCCGGCCCAUGGCGGCGGCGGCAGGUUCGAGUUCCAGUCCCUGCUCAGCAGUCGCGCGCCGGCCGUGGACCCCACCUGCGCCCGGCUCCGCGCAUCCGAGAGCCCGGUGCACCGCCGCGGCUCCUUCCCCCUGACCGGGGCCGGCCCCUCGCAGGCACCCUUGGCCCCGCCGCCCGACGAGGACCGCAUGGACCUGAACCCGUCGUUCCUGGGCAUUGCCUUGCGCUCCCUGCUGGCCAUCGACCUGUGGCUGUCCAAGAAGCUGGGGGUGUGCGCGGGAGAGAGUUCGUCCUGGGGCAGCGUCAGGCCCCUUAUGAAGCUGCUGGAGAUCUCGGGACAUGGCAUCCCCUGGCUGCUGGGCACCCUCUACUGCCUGACCAGGAGCGACAGCUGGGCCGGGCGCGAGGUAUUGAUGAACCUGCUCUUCGCCCUGCUGUUGGACCUGCUGCUGGUGGGCCUGAUCAAAGGGCUAGUCCGCAGGCGCCGCCCGGCACACAAUCAGAUGGACAUGUUUUUCACUCUCUCUGUGGACAAGUAUUCCUUUCCCUCGGGCCAUUCCACGAGGGCCGCCCUGGUGUCACGGUUCAUGCUGAACCACCUGGUGCUGGCCAUUCCACUGAGGGUGCUGGUGGUACUGUGGGCUUUCAUCUUGGGCCUCUCCAGGGUCAUGCUGGGGAGGCACAAUGUCACAGACGUGGCUUUUGGCUUUUUCCUGGGCUACAUGCAGUAUAGCAUCGUGGACUAUUGCUGGCUCUCACCGCACAAUGCUCCAUUCCUCUUUGUACUAUGGAACCAACACUGACACCAUCUUACUCAUCAUGGCACCAGGAGAUCUGAAGAUUUCCAUUAGCAAUGAUGCCAUCAUAAACCAGCACUCAUCUUGCUUGCCCCUUAGGACAUUUCAGGCUUCCUUUGGGAUUUACUGCCAUCUUAAUGGGAUGUCCUAUCAUCUUGAUGGGUUGAGCACAUGCUGGCUGGCCAUUACUGAUCACAACCAUAUUAUGGAAAGCAAAAAAAUCCCUCUAUUGUAUAUUUAUUCAAUAAUUAUAUGUCCAGGACAACAGCAGAGGUGUUGUCUGGGGUGAUUAUAAUGUUGCUCUUUUCUAAAAAUUUACAUAAUUUGUGUUUUGUAGUAAUCCCAUAUAUCAACAUAUCAUUUGUAAAUUGAAAUUUGAAAGAGAAACAUGCUUAUCAUUCUGUAAAUAUACAUGCAGAUGAGCCACAAACGAAUUCUAGUCCUUUUUCUAAAGUAGAUUUUAAGCAGUAUUUUAAGAGUAUAAGACAUAGGUUUUUCUAGUGUGCUUCUUGAAGAUCUGUUGCCACAUUUGGGGAGAUUUCUUAAUGCUGAUGUUCUUGGUAAGCUAUUUGACUAUUGACUCUUCCGUCUUUGCAGAGUGGGUAGUGAGAAGCAAGAUUAUAAUACAUGUCUUUCUCUCUUCUCCUUAUUUACCCCUACUUCCUAAAAAAAUCUUUAAAGAUAUUUAUUUCCCACUACUUAAGAGUCUUUUAGCAUUUAGAAAACAAGUCAAGAACUUACUUGAAGAAACUCUUAAAAGUUGGGCAUAUCUGCAGUGCCCAUAAAAAGGAAAGACUGGGAAUAUGGCCUCAUGCUUGAUUUUGUUGACAAGCAAUAAAUAGUGUGGUAUGACAAUGGAUAGAAAAGCUAAGUUUCUGGGGAAGUCAAAAUGGAGAGUUAUAGAGUACAGUAUGAGCCAGUAUAUGAGGAGAUAGGGCCCUACGGCCUAUCGUCUCUUUGGAAAAAAUAAUGCUCCUCUAUUUGGGUAAUAAAAUGGGAAAAUAAUAGAAUUAUUUGCAAUGCCAGAGCAUGAACUUUUUCAUAUAUGCCACAAGGAUGAUCCCACAUAUUGUAGUUUUUCAUGUGGAAUUCCAUUUCCUUGUACACGGCACAUUUUAGGUAACAGUAUUUAACUUGAAUUCAUCAAGGGAAGCCUGCUGCUAUACCAAGCUCAAGAUAUCUCUAACUCCUAAAUUUUCAUUAACAUUGAUCUUUGCAUUUAAAGAUUUAAUCCAUAGUGCCUCCUCAAAUUACAAAACCAAAACCAUCAAAAGCAGGGUGAAUGCCUCUUUGACUAAGAAAGACUGAAGUGGUUAUGUACUUUAAAUGUUGCUCUAUCUGAAAAUAAGAAUCUUUAAAUUACCCAUGGAAAUUGGUGUCUUCGGGUACUCUUUAUAAUAAAUGAGUUUGACAUUUAUAAAAAGGAUUAUGACCCUUGAUCUGUCAUACAGAGGUACUGCUAAGAGUAUGGAGAAUGGUUGUGAUAAGUAGGUUCUCACUGGGUGGAAGCAUUGAACUUUAUGGAUGUGAGAGGCACACUGAAAUUGAAAAAGCUGCUCCUCAUAAUAAAGUUAUUUACAUCCCCACAACAUCCUGAACACAUACUACCUCUUCACUUGCUAAAUCAACCAAACUGAAGCUCUAAGUGGUUUGCUUUGUUUAACCUUGGAAGGAGAUCCUUUAUUUUAAUCCAUUUUCAGUCCAGAUCAUUUGGACACAAUGAUAUUACCUUUUGCAGUGUGUAAGUCUGAAUAUUGGAGUCUCGAAAUUAGGUUUACCUUCUUGUUCAUGGUUAUACUUCUGGAAUUUCCUGUUUUCAUUGCUGGGGUUUUGAAGCACAGAUCAAUUAGCUGAUGCUUUUGGAGCAUUGUUAAGUACUGUAGAGUCGAAAACUGAUUUCAUUGUUAAUAAAUUGUAUACUGGGGAAUGCCUUUGAAAAUCAAAAUAAAAUUGGGCCUCGCCGGUGGCGCAGCGGUUGAGCGCUGGGUUGCGAAGCUGCACGCAGCCUCUGCAGCACCAGUUCCAUCCCCAGCUGCUCCGUAGCAGUUCCCCAGCCACAGGAGGAGGGUCCCACAUGGCGCUCAGACCUCUCCUGCCGCCCGCUGCUCCCCUCAGCAGUGUACCUCGGUCCUUCAGCCUGCUCUGCUCCCCGCUCUGGCUCUGGUGAAUUCUCUCAC